AUGGACCUCAAGCCCGAUCUAUCCAAGACAUCCUCCUCUGCAGAGGACAAAGGCGAGGUCCUCCACAGCGAAGUCGUGGUCGUCCCGGACAUCGACGACUCGAUUGAGUCUACUGAUCCGGGCAAGACGGUAUGGCUGAUUGCCUGUACUGUGUCGAUGGGAGGAUUCCUGUUUGGUAUCAACCUCACCUACUCCGGAGUACAGUACAUAUGUGUACUGUACAGCUACGAUACAGGCGUCAUCUCAGCCGUCCUUGUCAAUCUCGGCUCUGAUCUCGGCCAGACCCUCUCGUCCAGCGACCAGGAAUUGAUCACCUCCAUCACCUCCGGCGGGGCCCUUGUCGGCGCCCUCCUGGCCGGGCUGACUUCCGACAAAUACGGCCGCAAGCCCGGCGUCUACCUCGGGUGUCUGCUCUUCGUCGUCGGCGCCGUCCUCCAGGCGGCUGCCUUCUCGCUGGCCCAGAUGACGGUCGGCCGGUUCGUCGUCGGCCUGGGCGUCGGCAGUGCCGCUAUGAUCAUCCCUUUGUACAUCGGGGAGUUGGCGCCGGCGCGGUCGCGCGGCCGGCUGAUCGUGUUCGACAACCUGUGCGUGGCGGGCGGCCAGCUCGUUUCAUACGCCGUUGGCGCGGCGUUCACCGGCGUGUCGCACGGAUGGCGAUACAUGGUCGGUCUGGGGGCUGUGCCAGCGCUGCUGCUCGCGGCCACGCUGCCCUGGUGUCCUGAGUCACCGCGGCAGUUGGUCUCGCACAACCAGCUGGCGGAGGCGCGUGAGGUUCUGGCACGCAUCUUCCCGGAAGCCACGCCGGAGCAGGUGUCGGCCAAGAUCCAGCUCAUCCAGCGGGCCAUCGAGGAGACGGCGCUGAGCGUUUCGGAUCGGAGUCUGUGGUGGCAGUUCCGGCAGCUGGUCACUGUGCCGGCCAACCUGCGAGCGCUGACGACGGCGUGUGCUGUUAUGGCGAUCUCCCAACUGGGCGGCUUCAACACGUUGAUGUACUAUUCCUCAACCCUGUUCGCCAUGGUCGGGUUCAACAAGCCCGUCGCGGUGUCGAUCGUAGUAGGAGGCACGAAUUUCCUGUUCGGAUUCAUCAAUUUCGCCGUCAUCGAUCGGUUCGGCCGGAGGGUGGUGUUGUUGAUCACCGUUCUGGGGAUGUCCCUCUCUCUGGUCGUCGCGGCCGUGGCAUUCCACUGGAUCCCCAUCAGCCCGGACCUGACUGUGCAGACGCGCGACAUCAACUGGGCGGGCAUCGUGCUCCUCGUCACCAUCAUCUUCUACGUCGCCUUCUUCGCCGCGGGCGUGGCGCCCAUCGCGUGGGUGGGCACGGAAUUCCUGCCCCAGGAGGUUCGCGCCCUGGGGACGAUGCUGAACACGGUGACCUGCUGGGGGUGCAACAUCAUCAUUGCGUCGACCUUCCUGUCGAUGAUGAAGGCGAUGACGCCCAGUGGGGCGUUUGGCUUCUACGCCGGCAUCUGCUUUGUCGGCUGGGCGUUUGUGGUGUUCUGCUAUGCUGAGGUCCAUAACAUGCCUCUUGAGUCGGUGCGAGAGGUGUAUACCCAUGGCUUCGGGGUCAGGUAUGCGAAGAAGCUGCAGAGGGAGAUGCGUGAGGCCAGACGGGAAAUGAAGCUUGCUAGCUGA